AUGCAAGAAGCCGUCCUCUUAGCUUUUUUCCUAAUGUUUGUUCCAUUUCUAGCCUUAGCUCAGGUGGACAUGUACGAGCUUUCUCCAAGGUUCAACUGUGUAGCUCGUGGUCGUGGAGGCAAUUUCACGGCCAACAGCACUUUCUCCGGCAAUCUCAACCGCCUUGUCUCCUCUCUUUACUCACUCACAUCCAAACCUUAUGGCUUCUACAACCUCUCUUCCGGAGAAGACUCAUCUGGAGAAAGAGCUUAUGCAACUGGUCUGUGUAGAAGAGAAGUCAAAGGAGAUGAUUGUCUCAGAUGUAUUCAGACAGCAGCACAAAAUCUCACCGUGCAGUGUCCGCAGACAAAACAGGCUGUCGUUUGGUACACGCACUGUAUGUUUCGUUACUCGAACAGGACAACUUAUGGAAGAAAAGAGACAACCCCGACUUUGUUUUUACCUGCACCUGAAGAGAUAUCAUCAAACAGAGAUGAGUUUGGGCGUCGGCAGCUAGAACUAUUGCACAGACUCAAGGGGGUUGCGGCGGCUGGUGGGUCGAAUAGGAAACAUGCUCAAGGGAAUGGCUCGGCUUCGACGGGGUACAGGAGAUUCUACGGAAUGGCGCAAUGUACACCAGAUUUGUCUGAACAGGAUUGUAAUGACUGUCUAGAAUUUGGGUUUGAUAAUAUCCAAAGUUGUUGUGGUAAUUUGAUUGGUCUGAGGUGGUUUUGUCCUAGCUGUAAUUUCCGGUUUGAGACGUGGCGGUUUUAUGAGUUUGAAUCCGAGCUAGAGCCUGAUCCACCUGCAAGAACUGAGAGAACAGGUAAAGGCGGUGGUGGUUCUAAAUUCAUUAUCGCAAUAGCUAUCCUGAUAGCUCUUGUUGCAUUAUUUGGAAUUUUCCUAUUGGUCUUGAAGUGGAAGAAGAAUAGGGUCAAAGGUAACAACACCAUGUUCUUAUUAUUUUUUCUUGACCAAAUGUUCUUAUUCUUGUUAUCCUUAAAAAAUGAUAAACUACUCCGUGCAUACUCAGUUCUUGCGAAAUCGCCUAUGUCAGGAUCACAUGCGGACGAUCAGAUUUUGAUUACAGAUCCGUUACAAGUUGAUUUCGAAAGUCUGAAGGUAGCGACAGAUAACUUUUCACCAGAAAACGAACUUGGACGUGGUGGGUUUGGUCCAGUUUAUAAGGCUGUGUUGUCUGAUGGACAAGAAGUGGCGGUGAAGAGAUUAUCGGGUACUUCAGGACAAGGAGACAUUGAAUUCAAAAACGAGAUUAUACUACUUGCAAAGCUUCAACAUAGGAACUUGGUUAGGCUUUUAGGGUUCUGCAUAAAAGGAGAAGAAAGACUCCUUGUCUACGAGUUCAUCAAGAACGCUAGUCUUGACCAUUUCAUCUUCGGUAAUCUUUUGCUCCUCAUGAUCCUUCCUGACCAUUCUCUUCUGCUAUUUGUUGAUCUCUGUGUAUUCACAGAUCUUGAGAAGCGUCAGCUUUUGGAUUGGGGAGUACGAUACAAAAUGAUCGAAGGAGUUGCUAGAGGACUUCUUUAUCUUCAUGAAGACUCCCGUCAACGGAUUAUUCACCGUGAUCUCAAAGCUAGCAACAUUCUUCUUGACCAAGAAAUGAAUCCUAAAAUCGCAGAUUUUGGCUUAGCUAAAGUCUUUGACUUUGGCCAAACUACUACACAUCGAUUCACUAGCAGAAUUGCUGGAACUUACGGGUAUAUGGCUCCGGAAUACGCCAUGAACGGACAAUUCUCUGUAAAAACAGACGUGUAUAGCUUCGGUGUAUUAGUGAUUGAGAUCAUUACAGGUAAGAGAAACAGCAACAAUAAUGAAGCUAGAGAAGGUCUUCUAAGUUGGGUAUGGAGAAGCUGGAGAGAAGAUAUUAUACUAAGCGUAAUCGAUCCGACUUUAACCAUGGGAUCAAGAAACGAUAUCUUGAGAUGCAUACACAUUGGUUUAUUAUGCGUUCAAGAGAUGUCAAUGACUAGACCAACCAUGGCUUCGGUUGCUUUAAUGCUCAGUAACUCUUCCUUUACUCUCCCGACUCCGUCAAGGCCUGCGUUUGUGUAUGAGAAUGUGAUACUUUCAAAAGAUUCUACUUCAGCGGAAGGGUUGCAAAUGUCGCUAAAUGGUGUCAGUGUUUCUGAGUUAUCUCCACGUUAG